CCACCACACAUCCCUCUCCACUACCUGACGCCGCAACUAUUUUAUGGAAUUCUCGUUAUACGGAACACGCGGAAUGGAGUGGAAGUUUUCCCUUCCAGAAAUGAGUAACAGACAAGAACAAGAAGAACAAGAAGAACAACAGAAAUAACCGCAACAACAAAACUGGCGACAAUAAGAGCAGUUUUAUAUACACAGGAAGAGUAAAAACAACAACAACAACUGCUCGAACACAAAUAUCAACGUCAUUGGAAGUAUGUAAGCCAUCAUCAACACCUUCAAAGUCACCACCACCACAACCAACAACAACAACAACAGUAACAAACAACGAUAGACAACGGAAAAAUAAUAAAAAAGUACAACAAAACAAGAAGAUCUACUGUAAGGAAUAAUAAAGAGUAACAACAAGAAAUACAACAACAACCACUGCAACAGUAGCAAUGACAAUGUCACUGUAAUACAAAGAAGAUAAAUGCUACUACAAAUGGAAAGGAAACUGAAUAUCCUGUGACAAACUAUACGGGUUAAAGCAAAGACUAUUCAGCGUCAAGAGAACUUCAGUGACACAGAAUACGUAAGACACACAAAAUACACAGUCACAAGACAUAUUUACAGAAUAUACGGCAGCUGCACUUAAUAUUUACUCGGAGAAUUCAGUGUAACACACACACACACACACAAAGUAUCCAGACCCACACAUACACAUACACACGUACACAUUCAGUCACACAUAUCCACAGGAAUAAACAUAUUCUCACACAUACACACACAAGCGAAAAUACAAUAUCACGGGAUAUGUAUCAAUUGUACAAAUUAACACAGAAUAAACCGCAUUAGUAAACUAGACCUGGCGCACUAGCGGUUGACAUCGAUGUAAGGUAGGGAACCAUACAGUGUCACUCGCACACACACACAGACACACAGAGACACAGACACACACAGACACACACACGCACACACAUCAUUACAUGACAUGACACAGGAUGUAUAGCAUCAUACUUGAGUGUGUUACUGCAAGAGAUCGAACAAUCUAGAACAAUGGAAAUGUUUGAUUAUCGAUUGAAGAGCAGUUUUGUCAAGACGAAAUAGAAGGCAGAAUCCAACCUCACAAAAUGGACGACAAACCAAAAGAAGGGUCAAAUGCGGGACCCUUCACAGACAGAGCUGCAGGGAAACCAAGUGAGGAAUCUUCUGAGAAAGAACCCGAUAUCGAUGCCGCGAAGCUUGAGAAAAUCUCUCGUCUUUUGGCCAGAAAACGCGCCAACGCUGUGGCGGCUGCAGCGGCGGCAACUGCAGCAGCACAGGGUACACCAUCAGGUGAUAACGAGGCCUCUUCGAAUGCGGCGGAACCGGCAGGUGGAACUCUAUCGCAUUGGUCGAAACUACGGACCACAGUUCAAAUUGCAAGCGCCGUGAAACAACGAUCGAAACGUCGCUACAAUCACCACCGCCAGGAUUCCUUCUUACGCAAGUUCUCGACUCGCAACAACAGCAACAUCGAUAUGGAAAGUGAUUCAGAAGACGAAGGUUUGGCUUUACAAGUGGAACGCAAGGAAGAAGAGAAACGUAACCAUCACUACGUGCUUAGUCCCGAGGGAACGUUUAUGAUGUAUUGGCUCUUCAUGUUGACACUGGCUGUUCUUUAUAACCUUUGGACGUGUAUAGCGCGAGAGGCGUUCCAAGAAAUACAACUUCAACACAUAGCUCUUUGGACCAGCUUGGAUGUCAUUUGUGAUGUCAUCUACUUAACAGACAUCGUCGUACAGUUCCGUACCGGAUAUUUAGAGCAAGGUUUACUCGUGUACGACUCGAAAAAACUCAGCAAAAACUAUUACUCUUCAUCAGACUUCCGUAUGGACGUUGCAUGUUUAGCCCCAUUAGACUUCUUACAGUUCGCCAUUGGUUGGCAUCCAAUACUUCGUUUCCCACGCUUUCUCAAGGUAUACAGGUCUUUAAGAUGCAGUCAUAUGUUAGAAUCCCGGACGCCUUAUCCUAACCUAUUUCGGGUGGCAAAUCUCACCCACAUACUCUUCUUGGGUGCUCAUUGGUUUGCAGCAUUUUUUUACCUCAUUUCGGAAGCGGAAAAUUUCGUCGGAGACUGGACCUACCCUCAACCUGUUGGGGAGUACUCCUCGGUGACUCGGAAGUACCUAUAUUCACUGUUUUGGUCAACCCUGACGUUGACCACCAUAGGAGAUCUUCCACCAACCACAAACUGGGAGUAA